AUGGUCUCAUGCUCCUCCAUUGUCCUCUCCCAGAAGCAGGAUACCUGGCAGCAAGUCGCCAUCCGACACCACUGCGAAGCCCUCCGAAGUCUCACUUUGGAGAUGUCGGAGGGGAGCAUGUCCGCCAGUGCGGUUGUAGAAUCGUCCCUGGCGGUAAUCAUGAUGCUUCACAUGUUCGAGAGAUUUGAUUCAUCUUCCAAGCCGCGCACAUGCGCUCACUUACUGGCUGCCCAAGCCAUUUUCCUCGAAGCAUGUUCAACUGAACUGAUCAAAACGAGUCUGGGUGCAUUGCUCCUUGAGGCAUUCGUCUAUCGCAUAUCAAUAAAUAGUGUUUUUCAUCUGGAAUUGGUUAAAGGAUACGACUCGAUGGGAGCACUGACAAGACUACUCAUGAGUUCACCGACGAUGAAACGUGGAGAGACUGCACCGUUUCGGCGGUCCCUGUGGCUCGGGCUGCCACCGGACGUAUAUGGUUCCCUGUACAAGGUUUCAUGCCUGUUGCGGAUGACGCCACUCGACAGCAAGCAGCGAAAUGAGGGGAUUCGCCUCAGUCAACAACUGAGAGAUCUAGAACUUGACGAGCCGCUGGAUGGUGAAUCUGACCAAGAUGAUUCUGCUGGGAUACAUCAAUUAGCAGCUCGGGUACGGCACCUGCAUCUCGCUGCUGCGCAACUCAUCUUGUGGAAGAUCUUGUAUCAGGACAUCAAAGCAAGCGACGGUCGGGUGCAGCAACUCCUACACAAAACGAUGGCCCGACUUUCUCCUUUCCAAGGGCCAGCGCCUCACGUCACAACUGUGAUGAUUUGCCCCCUCGCGAUUCUGGGAACAGCCGCAGUUCAACCCCGAGAUCGGGAAUUCUUGAAGUUCCAGUUGAACAGCUUGCGGAGUAUGGCAGGUGUGCAAGAGCUAGACUCUGUUCUGAGCUUCUGGGAUGAUGUAUGGUCUGAAAUUGCCGAAACAGUCGCCGGUGGCGAUGCAGCUCCCGACAUCGAGCCCCCUCAGCUUGACGUCUGGUUCGACGAAUCUCGGUUAAGACGUGUAAUCCUCUAG